AUGAAUAAAAGUUAAACCCAUUUAUAUUCAGCCAUUUCCAGACUGAUUCCACCAUUAACGAUGCUUUUCCAAUUCUUUAGCGAUUGUGUGUUCCUUUGCUCUUCCCCCAAUUGUCAACUCCAUUUCAGCUCUCAACUACCACCAUGCCCAAUAAUUCUCUGAUCUCAACUUUCCGACCAACAGUGCACCAAAUACUCCUGCGCCCUCACAGACCCGAUACCUCCGGUUCAUCCACUUUUCGCCUAAAACCCUACUCGAAAAACUCAGUAUCCUUGAUCCUGUCAACAGGAGAAGGAAGACUUCCAGAUUUGAAGAUCAUGGCUAAGAAAAAGCCCAUAGAAGGAGUGAGCGAUCAGAUGAAUGCGAUUGCGUCUCAGAAUCUUGAUCAAGCACCUGCUCGCCGGAGAGUUCGAUUGUCUUUCACUCAAGUUCAGGAACAGCUUGAUCAUGUUUUGUUUAAGAUGGCUCCUACAGACAUCAGGACUGAAGAGUGGUUUGAAACGAACUCAAAAGGUCAAGAAAUUUUCUGUAAAAGUUGGUUACCAAGGCCUGGAGUCAGAAUCAAAGCUGCUGUGUGUUUUGUUCAUGGAUAUGGCGACACUUGCACCUUUUUCUUUGAAGGCAUUGCAAAGAAAAUUGCUGCUGCUGGUUAUGGUGUUUAUGCCAUUGAUCAUCCUGGUUUUGGCCUCUCUGAAGGUCUACAUGGAUAUAUCCCUAAAUUUAGUGAUAUAGUUGACAAUGUAAUCGAACAAUAUACAAAAAUUAAAGGAAGACCCGAAGUGAGAGGGAUGCCUCGGUUUCUUUUAGGCCAGUCAAUGGGAGGAGCCGUUGCACUUAAAGUUCAUCUCAAAGAACAACGCGAGUGGGAUGGUGUAGUUCUUGUUGCUCCAAUGUGCAAAAUUGCAGAGGAAAUGAAGCCCCCGGAACCACUACAAAAAAUUUUAAUCUUUUUGUCACGAUUAAUGCCAAAAGCAAAACUUGUACCACAGAAAGAUCUUGCUGAGCUGGCGUUUCGGGACCCACAAAAAAGAAAAUUGGCGGACUACAAUGUCAUAUCGUACUCCGAUCAAACGCGAUUACAGACGGCUGUUGAACUUCUAAACGCGACAAAUGAACUCGAAUCAGAAGUCGAAAAGGUUUCAUCACCAUUGUUGAUACUUCAUGGAGCUGCAGACAGGGUAACAGAUCCUAAUAUCAGCAAGUUUCUUUACGAAAAAGCUGCCAGCAAGGACAAAAGUUUGAAACUUUAUGAAGGAAGUUAUCAUUGUAUUCUAGAAGGGGAAUCCGAUGAAAGAAUAUUUCAAGUGCUUGAUGACAUUAUUGCAUGGUUAGAUGCUCAUUGUUCUGUUAGAUAGCUGUUAUUUUAUUUAUUAUUAUAAAUUAUUUUUUUUGUGGGUGUUGGUGAGAUUAAAGAAAUUCGGUUUAAGUUGCGUUAAAGUAAACAAUCCAUUGAAACACGAGAUUGGAUUAUUUAUUCUUUUUGUUACCACGUUUUUGGUGGAUUUUGAUGAAUAUGUAUGUUGUUUAUGUGUAAUAUUUGGAAGAUUUGUAUUGCAAGACUUGUAGAAAGACAUUUGUUUGUUGUAUUAAUAAAGAAAUUGUUAGCUUGUUUAGUGUCCGUGG